AUGUUCAUGCCGGGCAAGACAUGGGUCACCACCGCCAACGUUCGCCAAAUCCCCACCAUUCACGGAGAGAUGAACCCAGGGAAGAACGUCGCUACCGCUCGCGCUCUCGGGAUCGUAAUGAAAGACGGCGAGAUAGGAGCUGGUCUCGAGAUCGCCGGGUCAAUGAUCGAAAAGAGCGUGGUCGAGAUGAUCGCGGGGCUCGAGACCGCAUGCGAAGUCUAUGUUCAGCGCAAGGGUGACAAAGCCCGUGAACGCUCGCGAUCUCCAAGGCGGAAUGGAGCGAGAGCUGGCACACGAAGCCCACCUCCCCGAGGUCCUAAGGGCGACCGACGACCGAAUCCCAAAGAAGCUCGGUCUCGAAACGAUGGACGCAUUACGAAUGGGCCAACGGACGCUGGUCAUGGUUCAGACGAGAUGGACGUGGACUUCAAGGAAGACGUCGAUGAGGAUGAGAUGGAAGCAAUGAUGCGGAAGAGCAUGGGCUUCACCAAAUUCCGAACUACAAAAAAUACCAAGGUGCCAGGAAACAACAUCUAUGGCGUGCACAAGGAGAAGCAGAACGAAUACCGCCAGUACAUGAACCGUCCCGGUGGUUUCAACCGGCCGCUCAGUCCAUCCAGGUGA